UUCCCUCGGUUUCCCUCCCUCCUCUUUCUUCACUUCCUGCAGUGGCAGUGUUGUGCUGCUGUCUGUUCAGCUGGUAAACAUGGCUACUGCUGGAGCAGCUGGUGACGACCUGAGGAAAGAGCUCACAUGUGCAAUUUGUUUGGACUUCUUCAAAGACCCUGUUAUACUGAAAUGCGGGCACAAUUUCUGUCGGUUUUGCAUCUGCAUGCACUGGGAUGAAAAUGGCGGAGACUACGGAUAUCAGUGCCCUCAAUGCCGAACGGUGUUCAACAAGAGGAGCUUCACUAAAAACUACCUGGUGCAGAACCUGGUCGCUAAACUGAACGAUUUGGAGUGUCUGGGGUCUUGCCCUGCACCAUCUCAACCCGUUAAAGUAGAUGGAAAGUGUGACCAACAUGGAGAGGAGCUGAAAUUGUACUGCCAGACUGAUAAAAGGCCCAUCUGUGUGGUCUGCAGGGAAUCUAGAGCACACAGACACCAUGAGGUAGCGCCAGUGCCCGAAGUUGUGAAGGACAUGAAGAUGGAGUUGAAACUGAGGCUAAUGGAGCUCAACUGGCAGAAGUCUCAAUGUGUAAAAGUUAUAACUGCUGAUGAGCGCACCAGAAGUGAAGUGAGGUCGAAGAAACAGACACUCAAGGAGAAGAUUGAGGCGGAUGUUGGUGCCUUGGUCCAAUUCUUGCUAGAUGAGAGAGACUCCCUGCUUGAGAGCCUGGAUGCGGAGGAAGUGGCCUCCAUGGCCGUCAUAGAUGAGAACUUGAAGAUUGUGGAGACAGAGGUGGCAGCUGUCGACAAAGCUAUUGCUGAUAUCCACAGCCACAUCAGUGGGAAAACUAGCUUUGAGAGCCUUGCUGAGACAUUCCAUGAAUACAUCCAUUGCAAGCCUUUCACAUCUCUGGACACGGUUAAUUGUCCGACUGAAUUCACACACUUUUCAGGGCCCUUCCAGCUGAUCAUGUGGAAGAAGAUGAUGCACGUGCUGCAUACCAUGCCUCAGAACCUCACCUUAGACCCAGACACGGCUCACCCAAACCUGCUUAUCUCAGACUUCGACACCAAAGUGGAGGAGGGCCGUGUUCGGAACCAGGAACCAGACAUGCCAGCCCGCUUCACCAGGUUCUGUGGUGUCCUUGCCACAGCCCAGUAUGCCAGUGGACAGCAUUACUGGGAAGUGGAUGUGAAGGACAAAGGUGUGUGGUACCUGGGAGUCACCACUGAGUGCAGCAAUAGGAAGGGCUUCGUUAGCCUCACUCCCUCCGCAGGAUACUGGAGCCUGUCUCUGCAGGACCGGCUGUAUGCCAACGGAGAGGACGGGCGCAUCCCUGUCGCCGACUACUGGAACUCUCCUCGGGUCGGUGUGUACCUGGACUAUGACAAUGGGCGCCUUAGUUUCUAUGACGCGGUCACAAUGAAGAGAUUGUACAUGUUUGACACAUGCUUUGAAGAGCCGGUCUAUCCUUUCUUCAGCCCAGGAAAGAAUGAUCCGGGCAGCAGGCUGCAGAUAUGCCACUAUUACUGAGAGAGCUGCGACAAGUGUUUUAAAUCUAGUUCUAAAGGGUAAACUCUGUAUGCCAGUGUUUUCAGAUAUGCAAGGUUUUCUCUCACAGAUCAGUCUCGAGUGACAGAGUGAUGUUGACCCUUGGAGCCAUGUACGGUAUGCAUUUGAGCGGUUACUUGUUGGUCUUACUGAUGUUAGAAAAUAAGAAUUACACUGAAAAGAAUUACCAGGUGUCUACCAGGUGAAUUUGGUGUCUUUCAACCUAGACACACACUGUAGGCUUAUACCCUUACUACUGUGGCUGGGGGGGGUUUGGAGAGGUGCUUUGUUGUCACUGUGUCUGCUGGGAUGCAGAUGCUCUCAUUGAUUAGAGCAGCUCUUCUCCUUAUAGCAACCAAUAUGCCAUACUAGUGUACAUUUACUCAUAUGGGCAAAUUAUUUGCCAGGCAGGGUCAGUGCUGUUGCCUUGUUGGGUAGAACUUAAAGGGAAUAUGACCUCAUUAUCACAUUGAUAGUUGUUAACAGUUAAGAUCCCCUCAUUCAUUUUAGACUGAAGAACAGUCUGUUUAGUGCUGUUAGUUGUCAGACUUAUUUGACUGAAAUUGGCCGCCAUGUACUGGGAUUUCAGCUCCCGAACAAUGAUUAGACUUUCAGAAAGGAAUGGCUCGGGUUGUAUGUUUUUGUUGACGUUAACGUCAGUACAGACAUUUGAUCAUUAGCCUUUUAAAAUCACCUUUCAUCUAUACUUUGUUUUAAAUUCCGUACAUUUUUGAAAUUGCAAAUUCCUCUGUAUAUUGCUCUGAGUCACAUUUUGCACCUAUUUUUUGUGAGCAGUGAUACUGAAGGUAUGAAUACAUUCCAUUUCGCUUUGUUCAAGGUAUUUAAAAAAAAAAAAAAAAAAUCAAACCUUUUUUCAGUUUGCUUAAAAAUGAGCAGGUAAAAGACAAAGAAACCAUUUUCAUAUAUAUUAUACAAGAAUUAAGCUUUACAGCUUAAUGUCCCCGUAUAUGUUGUCGCUUAACGGGUGAACCGGUAGAUGUGUUUUACUUUAAAGACAUUCCAUCAACAGCCAGGAGCCUGGUGGACUUGACUGAAAUGUAAACAUAUGGAAUGCUGAAUGAAAGUUUUAUUACGUGUUCAUGUUUUUUGUUUGCAUUUACAUAUUCCCUCAGCAUUUCCUUAAUUAUAUUCCUUUUAAGUAGUCCUCCCUUUUUAUAUUUUUAAUUGCUAGUUGUUGAGUUUGUCCUGGUGCUACAAAUUGGUUCUGUCAUUUUUAGGUCCAUUAUCCAACUCUGUCCAAUGGAUUUUCUGUUUUUCAUCUGGACAUUCAUAAACUUAUGAUUUUAAACCUUGCUUUAUUUGAGAUGAUUAUCUGUUUAUGUUUGCUCCUGCAGUUUUCCACAGUGUUAUGGACCUACAAGUUGGAUAUUUGCUGUCUUACAGGGUUGUACGUUUUUAUUUUAUUUUCAAAUGAUUUAUGAACGGCAUGCAUAGAAACAUUUAACUGCACGAGCAGUGAUAUUUGAGACUGGCCAUUCCUCCAGCCAAUUUCAAGCUGCUCCUUUUUCUUUUUUAAAGUUUAUUUUCACAAGUCUAAGGUGUUAUGACUGCAAAACACUGUACUUUUUAACUUUGAGUAUUUGCUGAUACAUGUUUUGUCUAAGAUGCUGUACCUCAUUUAAUACAUUUACAUUGCUGAGUUUCAUUCAUGUAUUCAGCUUAGCAGUGCUGGGCUGUGUCUUGAGUGUGACCACUAAUCUCUGCAGUCCCCGUUAGUUGCCCUUUCACCUGCUAUAAAUGUGCUUAGUGUUUCUCAGACUUUACAAGAAUAAAAGGGGACACAUCAUUGUUUUAUUUUCCUUAAAGCCUUUAUUAUCCA